AUACCAUAUCAUACAAUAUCAUUUGUAUGAAGUAUUAAUAGUCUUUUGAUAUCAUUUUUUUGGACAAUCAUUUAAAUGACAUGUUGACAACUCACUUAAUAACAUGACAUGAACUCUACCCACAGAAACGCACAAACACUACACUGCUACUAACCACAGUCUUUCAGUCAAUGGCACACUGUAUAGCGCAACUUCCUCUCAGGAAGUGGUAUGCUCAUCUGAAAGCAUGCCAGUUUAUCAAGGGGCCAGGUGCAGGGAACAUUGUGUCGGCUUCAUUUUGGACCCAGUUCCCUGAUCCUGAACACUAAAUCUAUUUGAAUGACAUUUUAUUAGAAUUCAAGGCGUUCGAUUACACCAGUCAACCAUCAAUUAUCCUGAUUUAUAACACGAACGACUUGGAUUAUGAUCAUUGGACCCAGCAAUGCCAGAAGGAAUCCAACCGCCACUUCCGCUCCUGGUUCAUGCCCACCUUUUACUCCCUCAUCUGCUUCCUCGGUCUGGUCGGUAACAUCCUGGUGAUCGGUACCUACGUCUACUUCAACCGGCUGAAGACCGGGACCGAUGUGUUCCUGCUCAGCCUGUCUGUCGCCGACCUGCUGUUCGCCGUGUCGCUGCCCCUCUGGGCGACCAACUCCAUGACGGAAUGGGUGCUGGGGCUGUUCAUCUGCAAGGUCAUGCACACCAUCUAUAAGGUCAGCUUCUACAGCGGCAUGUUCCUCCUCACCUCCAUCAGCGUGGACAGGUACUUCGCCAUCUCCAAGGCCGUCUCUGCCCACCGCCACCGCUCCACGGCCGUGUUCCUUAGCAAGGUGACCUCUGUGGUCAUCUGGGUGAUGGCGCUGGUCUUCUCUGUGCCCGAGAUGUCCUACACCAACAUCAGCAACAAGACCUGCACCCCCUACACCGCCGGCUCAGACCAGGUGCGCGUGGGCAUCCAGGUGAGCCAGAUGGUCCUGGGGUUUGUUCUGCCGCUCCUAAUCAUGGCCUUUUGUUACGGCGCCAUUGUGAAGACCCUGUGCCAGGCCCGGAGCUUUGAGAAGAACAAGGCCAUCAAGGUGAUCUUCGCUGUGGUGGCGGUCUUCCUGCUCUGCCAGGUGCCCUAUAAUCUGGUACUGCUGCUGACCACUCUCGACACAGCUAACGGGGGCAGCAAGGAUUGCAUCUACGACAACAGCCUCCUCUACGCCUCUGACAUCACCCAGUGCCUGGCUUUCCUGAGGUGCUGCCUCAACCCCUUUGUGUACGCGUUCAUCGGGGUGAAGUUCCGCCGCGACCUCAUGAAGCUGCUGAAGGAUCUGGGCUGUAUGAGCCAGGAGAGAUUCUUCCAGUACACCUGCGGAAAGAGGGGGAGUUUAGGGGUCGCCAUGGAAACCGAGACCACAACCACUUUCUCCCCCUAAAGCUGCCAAUGCUGCCUUGUCUGACGGCCUUUUCAACAUGGACAAGACCUUGUGCACAGCCUGUGUUUAUUUCUGAUUAUAUUUGAAAUGUUUGCUUGUAAGUGUUCUGUAGGUCACUUAAAAGGUCUAAAGGACAUAUAUGUUUAAUGUAUCAGGCAGCUUACUGGUCGUCACCAGGAAUUUAUUUGGAUCAAGUCUAUACCAUAAAAAAAUGUCCUGUUAUAUAGCUGCCAGUGGAGGAUUGGCACUGUAAAUACUCAAUAUCAUUGUAUUAUUUCUGUGUUGUUUUGAGUCUUAUUUCUGAAGUAAAUAAAAAAUCUAAUU